AUGGGAUACCAGUACUACCACUACGAGCCCUCGGUGAUCGCCACGAUCCCCUUUGCCGUCCUCUUCGCCCUCACGAGCGUUAUUCACAUCUGGCAAGCCAUCCGCCCGCGGACAUGUCGAGGCACUCGGGUACGUAUCAGUGCGCGACAAACGCCCGAUUGGACAAUGAAGCCCUACGUUGGACAGCAAGUCCUCAUCCUCCUUGGUCCAGCGCUGUUUGCUGCCUCAAUCUAUAUGCUCCUCGGUCGGAUCAUCCGCGUGCUAAAUGCCAGCUCCAUCUCGCCGAUCCGGGUCAACUGGUUGAGCAAAAUCUUUGUUGCAGGCGACGUCCUCUCGUUUAUGCUUCAAGGCGGCGGUGGUGGAAUCUUGGCCACCGCCAAAACCGCCCACAAGUCCAAACUGGGCCAGACGAUGAUCUUGGGUGGCCUCUUGGUGCAGAUUGUCUUUUUCGGCCUCUUUAUUGUCACCUCGAUCAUCUUCCAUUGCCGCAUGCUCAAGACACCCUUGCACCAGAUGGGCACAUCCAUCCCCUGGAUCAAAUACCUCAGGAUCUUGUACUUUAUCAGCGCGCUUAUCAUGAUCCGGUCAGUGUACCGGGUUGCCGAGUACGCGCAGGGAAUGGACGGGGCGCUGGCCAGGGAGGAGGCACUCAUCUAUAUCCUAGAUGCGUUGCUCAUGCUCAUUUGUUGUGUCGUGCUUAAUGUGUUCCACCCCAGUAAGGUUGUUUCCGGGCGGCAGUUGAAUUAUCGUGCGCCUGAGGAUGUCGAGAUGAGGACGAGUUCUCAACCGGCGCGGUAG